CUGCGACGGCGACGAGGCUGUAACAGGCUCCGUGAGUGGCAGUGAUCGACGUUGACACACUGAGAGCUGUCCAUCAAUCGCGCACAGCCGGAGCAGCAAUCUUGCACCACCAGUGCGUGCACAAUACGCAGCAGCACUGUGCAGCAAGUGCAAGCAGUCUACGCGGCAUGAGCGACCCAGCGAUGGACGACGCCGCGCCGCUGAGUGUAAAGCGAUUGGCACCCGCAAAAGCCCCGGCGCGUGAAGCGGUCUCCACCCGCGGCGCGCCGCGCGCCGUGAAAAUCGACCACAAGCUCAUCAUCUUCGGCCUGCACGACGGUGGCGUACGAGCGCUGGACCACGAGACCGGACAAGUCUGGAAACUCAGCGACCUAGGCGGCGACGACGACGCGAGCGCGUUUUGGACGGACGGCGCGAAGCUCUACACGACCACAACAAGGCAGCUCCUCAAGGCCUACGCCCUGACUUGGAACGAUGAAGACCUCACACUUAGUGGAGACGCGGCGCGCCAGUGCCACAAGGCGCCCGUGAAGGCCAUUGACGUGGACAGUACGGGCGCGUUAAUCGCCACAGCAUCAGCAGACGGCACGUGCCGCGUUUUUGAUUCCAGACGGAACCUCACGCCGACGCACCGCUUCGCGCCCGCUGGCGGCGGCGUUUUGACUUCCGUAAAACACCACCCCUUCUCGUUGAUCCUCGCGACCGCGAGGGCUUUCGACGUGCAUGUGUGGGAUUUGAAAAGUUCGUCUCAGAUUGCAUCGGUGUCGCUCAAGGCGUCCGUAGCAAGCAUGUGCUGGCUGCCCGGGCCGCGGAAUGCGGAUGAUCGGACGCUGGCCCUCGCCGCGCGCGACGCGACGUUGACCGUGUGGGAUGGAAUGAAUGAGAUCACCGUUUCCAGUAAAGAGGACCUCGAAACUCUGACACUGUUGCCGCCGGCCGACGACGGAGGGCGGCAGUUCGCGUCGGCUGGUGCGGAUGGUGUCGUGCGGGCUUGGAGGUACGCGGACGGGAAGGUACACAGAGCCUACAACGAAGAGUCCGCGACGACGGGCCCUUUGGAAAGUCUCUCUCGCUUCGAAAACGACCUCGUCGUGACGGGUCAUGAUAGAAGCGUGCGCUUCGUCGAUUGCGUGACUCUGAAGGAGACGCGACAUGCUCUGUGUGGAGGCGACGACGAAGUGUUGGACGCGGCGUUUCUGGGCGACGGUUCGCGGUUGGCCCUCGCGACGCCGUCGGAGACGGUCCGGAUCGUGGACACGCAUGAUUGGCGCACAACGUUCUUAAGUGGCCACGCCGACGCGGUCCUGGCCGUGGCCUCUUGUGACGAGUAUGUCGCGUCCGCCUCGAAAGAUCGGACGGCCAAAAUCUGGCGCGAGACUUCUUCAGGAAGAUGGGACCUCAUCAGUACCUUAGAGGGCCACGUCGAUAGCGUCGGCGCCGUGGCUCUGGGCAAACGAGGUGACGAGUUGGUCUGUGCCACCGCUUCCAAAGAUAGGACGCUGAAAUUAUGGCAAGAUGGGCAGUGCACCGCCUCAACGAUAGCGCACGACAAGGACAUUAAUGACGUGGCCCUGAGUCCGGGCUGUGUCGUCGUGGCUUCUUGUUCCUCGGACCGGACUGCCAAGCUCUGGGAUUCUCAAUUGAAUGCGCAGGGGUCCUGUUUAGGACAUAAAAGGGGCGUCUGGCGCUGCGUAUUCAGUACGAAAGAGCGGUGGCUCGCCACGUGUGCUUCUGAUAGGACUGUAAGGGUCUGGGCCGUGAAAACAAGACAAUGCUUAGCUGUCCUGCAGGGCCACGAGGACUCCGUAUUGAGUCUAGCGUUCCUGAAGGGUGAUCAAUUAGUAUCAGGUGGCGCCGACGGCACGCUCAAGGUCUGGUCGCCGCAGACGCGGACGUGUGAAUGCACCAUCGAAGCUUACGAGGAUUGUAGAGUCUGGGCACUCGCGACGUAUGACGGGAAGGUUGUUUCUGGGGGAGGCGACGGGACCGUGCGCGUCUUUGAGGACGUGACGGCUUCUGAUCUACAAUCAGAAAGGGAGAAGGACGCGGAACGGGAGGCGCGGGACCAGGCGCUGCGGACGGCUCUACAAUCAGGUGAUCCUGUUUCAGCGCUGAAGCAAGCGCUAGCCUUGGAGCGGCCGCACGCGGCCUGGGGCUGUUUGAAAGCUAUCCACGAGCGGAGUUCCGGAGAAGCGACCCUGGAUCCUUUUGAUGAGGCGUUCUCCGAUCUAGAACUAGAUCAAUCGCAAAAGCUUCUGACGGCGAUCGUUGACUGGAACGCGAACGCUAGGAGAGCGCCGAUUGCGCAGCGCGCCCUACGGGCGUUGAUCAAGGCGCACGGGGCCGACACGUUAUUAAAAGACGCGGCGCUCCGCGACGCCGUCGCCGCGUAUACCAAAAGGCAUUUGGCGCGCUUGGACGGGCUGCUCCAGCAGACCUACCUCGUCGACUCUGUGUUGGGCGCUCUGGAAAGGCGGUGUCUGACGGUCGAAGAAGAGUCUGUUCCGGCGAAGCGGCCGCGCGCCGCGGCGGCGCCGCGCGUUUAUACGGCGGACGACUUGUUCGCCGCGGCGCCGGCGGAGGACAGCGAUAGCGACGCCAGCCCUGUGCCGAAGAAGAGGAAAUCGCGGCGGUCGUCGCGCUAGAUUUGUGUAACUCGAAAUAUCUUA